AUGAGUAUUCACACUUCCUCAUUGCAAAAUGAUGAACGAGACAUAAAUGUAUCGUCUCCCAUAGAAAGGAAAUCUUUUUUUUCUGCUUCACAUCUCCCAUUUCAUCAGCUUCAACGCGCUUCUGUCCGGUAUCACAACGGUAAUUACGUUCCUAAAACACCUUCCAUUCCGAAACACCAGCGUCUUUAUGUAAACGUCGAUCCUACAAACCAGCUUGAGCCUCUUGCUGCUGCAAAAGCCAGCGUUUCCUCGUCCAGCGAGCACUUGAAGAUCAUAAACGGACGAAAAGAUCAAUUUGGUGUAACAGAUGUCGAUCGUUACAGCAAGAAUCAUAACGCUUUUUUGGGAUCUUCCUCCAAAACGUCAGGGUUUGCAUCCAACGCUGCAGCAGUAGCUGCCUCAAAUUUAUCAUCUUCACAAUCCCCAACUACACCAAAAUCUAGCACUGGAACGCGUUUUGAAGCCUUUUCUUUAAAUUCGAAACAGCUUCCCAAGAAAAUUUCCACAUCCGGUUCUGAAGUCAAUGACCCGCUCGUCGUCAACGCCAAGAAAGCCCCCGUUUCUGUACCAUCUACCAGUCGAAAGCCCGUUCGAAUAAAAAAUCAACAAAGUACCGUAGGAUCUACCAACAGCAAUUCUACUCCUUAUUUGGAAAUUCAGAAACCGAUUUCGAAAAACGAAGAUUAUACUAGGAAAACGAGGUCUUCUUAUUUGACGCACAAGUCACUGGAUCAUACCUAUAAGGCAUCAAAAUCUGCGUAUAAGUAUCCAAAUUCAAACUUUGGUAGAAAUUCGGAAGUGUCUGAUGGUAAUCAAAGUCCCCUUGAAACAGGGAAUGCUCUUUGCCAAUCAAACGCUGCUGUAGGAAGCAAGGAAGACGACUCCAUUUCAAAUUCUUCUUUUGUCAAAAAAGCAGCAAAAUUCAGUUUAAAGUCCUCGUACUCCGAAGGUAAUGAUGAUGUGAAAAUACCAAAAGACGAACAAAGUCUGCUAGCUCCAAAGAAUUCUCAGCGUUCACCGCAUGCAAGUUUAGGUGGAAAUUUUUUGCCUGCUGCAACCACCACUUUACAAAAACAGGCUUCUAAUGAUCGAAUUAGUGAUGAAAGUAAUACCUCUUCUGUACGAGCACCAGUUCGAAACGCUGCUGUGAUCGCAUGUAAUUUAUCUCAUAAUCUAAAAAAAGACACAGGAAAUACUUCUCAACACAGCACUUUGCCGUCAAAGAAUUUUAAACCAAAACCGAAGGAAAUAGAAAUAUCUCAUUCUAUUCCAUAUGCCGCUUCUACUAAAACUUUGCUUUCAUCUUCAGAGAAAAAAGUACAACCUCAGAGCAGUAACCUCAUACCUAAUGCGAUACCUUUAGCUGCCGCCCGAAAAAUUGCAAUAUCCGCUAAACAUAGCUUGCAAAGACUGAAGGAUUCUCAUUUUAAUCACAGCAGUGCUUUACUUUUCGCAUUUCAUGCGGCUACUCAAGUUUCUGGUGCCAAAAGUGAAGCAGCUUUUGAUAAUAAUCCCCCAUACCGCGAUCCUCCUAAUGUUAUUUCAUCAGCUCAUAUUGCUGCUAAUCAAGCAACAAACGAAAAGAAGGACAUUCCUUUACGGUUAUCUAUAUCAAGCGACCCUUUAGGUGCGAUUCCUAUAGCUAUUGAAAACAAAAACAGCGCCGCGCUUCUCAAUCCAUCAAAACCUUACCGUUCUUCUCUUGGUUAUUCAAGCCCAUUGUUCAGUCGCCAAAAUUCACCUAGCGAGGACGUCUUUUAUGAUGCUGUUGAUGAUGAACAUACGUUGGAUCCUCCUCCCGCUAUUUCAGAAGUAUUAUGUGAUUUACCUCAUAAUACCGAGGAGCUUACAAAAACGCCUAUGAAUGGUGAAGUCGAUAAAUUAGGCAACUACACGGAUACGGAGAGUUCUGAGGACAGACCAUCAGUUGCUACAGAAAAUCCUAUAUCUAGUUUUAAGAAUUCAAUCUUAAAUUUCUCAAACGAUACCGCUAAAGCAUUGAAAUGGCGAUUAUCAGGUGUAUUGCAACCCGAGAAAACGAUUGGACCAAAUUUGUUUUAUUUACAUCGUGACGCUUUAGAUUCUUCAUCGGCUGUUCACGCAGCAGCUAUUGCAGAUAGAUCAUUUCCCGUUGUUCAGGAGAAACCACCACCUUUAAAAACGAAAGCACUGAAAAAACCGUCACCGCAUACGUUAAGGAGACCAACUAAAAAGAAGUAUUUUUUCUCAAAACGAAGCAACGGUAGAUUUAAAAAUGCUAGGGUAUCCCGGAUUUCCAAGAAUGUUGAUAUUCCUCGUUUCGUGAUUGAUGAAAACAGACGAAAAUUGUACGAAGGCUUGUGGGCAGCAAAUAAAGGGUAUCUUUUACGCGACAGUGAUGUAGUCUAUCCGGAAAACUAUGUUUGCGACAUAGUAGUCCGCGAGCUAUGGUCAAGAUGUGGUGCUCCUACAAGUGUUCUAUCAGUUAUUUAUAAUCUUGUGGAUCGAAGCCAUUUUCACAUGUUAAACCGAGAAGAGUUUAUAGUUGGUCUGUUUUUGAUAGAUCAGUAUCUUACCGGCAGAAAACUGCCAUUAAAAGUACCUGAUUCUGUUUGGAUUAGCAGUAAAAGGAUGGGAGAGAUGCUUUGGCGUCUCGAACAGCUGCAAAUGAAAACGAGAAAGAAAAAGAAUCGUUUUAAGAGAAAAGUAUAUAAAGGCCUCAAAUGGGAAUUCGGUUCGGAUCAAGAGGACAAGGGCGAGGAAGAAACAGCUACAGGAUAA